UAUAUAUAUAUAUAUAUUCUCGGGAUCAUAAUGAAAACUCGGUAUUCAACGGCGGCGUCGCUCGCGACAAUGGCUCAAAUUUGGAAAAUCCUGCUGAUGACCGUCUCCGUACUGGUCGUCCACCUCAGCUUGAUCGGCCCGGCGCUGAGCCGUGGCGUCGGCGGCCACGCGACGAAGCUGAUCAUCGACACGGACGCCGGCAGCGACGACGCCGUCGCCAUCCUGCUGGCGCUGGCGCUGCCCGCCCAGGUGGACGUGCUCGCCGUGACCUGUAGCUACGGCAACACGCGCGAGACCAACGUGGAGACCAACGUGCUGAAGCUGCUGACCGUGGCCGCUCGCCCCGACAUUCCAGUGUACGCGGGAGCCAAGGGGCCGCUGCUGCGCAACUACAGCGCCGGCGACUACUUCGGCAAGGACGGAUUGGGCGACUUCGAGUUCGGCCGACCGCUCGCCGCCGGCGUCAACAGAACGAAACACGCGGCCGUGGCGAUGAUCGACCUCGCGAAGCAGCACCCAGGUGAAGUGAGCGUGCUGACCCUCGGACCGCUGACCAACCUGGCGCUGGCGAUCACCCUCGACAAGGACUUCGCCAAGGCGGUGAAGCGCUUCUACGUGAUGGGCUCGCUGAUCGACGAAGGCGAGACCCCGGAGCAGCCGCAGGUGGAGUUCAACUUCAGCCUCGAUCCGGAGGCGAACGCGAUCGCGCUGAGCGCGAUGAGGAACGCAAGCGGGCUGGUGGUCCCGUGGGACGUCAUCCACGAGAACGCCAUCGCCAAGGAGUGGCGUACAGAGGUGCUGGGCAAGCUCGGCGGCGAGCGCGUGGCCUUCCUCAACCGAGCCGAGUACGCGGUGCUGGAGCGCGUGGGCGCCUGGCACGCCGCCGACUCGAUGGCGCUGGCGGCGGCGCUCUGGCCGGAGCUCGUGCGUUCGUCGCUCGAGGCGCGCAUGACCGCCGCCACCUGCGGCCCGCGCGACGGGGCCGUGCGAGUCGACCACAAGGGCGCGAGCAACGUCGAGAUCGUCAGGGCGUUCGACGUGGAGGGCUUCAAGCGCCGGCUCCUGGACCACUUGGCGUGAGCGUCCGGCCUGCGCUCCGCUGCGAACGACGACUCCGCGCGGCCAGCCCUCGUCAACGAGACGAUCCACAUCCACAGCGAUACGCGAUUCCGAAUGUUUCAAAAAAUAGUGCGUUGCGUGUCCACGUGCGUGCACUCACCGCAGCAGCAGCAGCAGCAGCAGCUCAACGGCGCGCCGAGCAAAAGCGAACCACGAACGAUGGUCCUGUAUACAUGGCGAACCACCGGUACGCGUAUCUUGUAAUCUUCCUGGACAAAAAAUUUCCGGCGCAAAAUGUUUCCACUCCUCGGCUGCUGUACGACGUGCUGUGAUUGACAUAGCACGCAUUACCUGAUGUCCAUUCAUACGCGUGAGCCACUCCGCGUGGCUCGGUUGACGUCGUCCGAAAUGAUACUGUAGUUCGCCAGCUUGUCGUCGUGGGAGUCGAGCUUGUUGUACGGUGUAAAGUUGCACUAAUA